AUGAAACCUUUCAAGCAAACUCGUACAUUAACUGAGAGUCAGUUGCGGUACAAUUGUGCCCUCAGUCAAGCGCGGGUUGUUAUAGAACAAGCCUACGGAAUUUUGAAAGGUCGCUGGAGGUGUCUCUAUAAAGCAAUGGAGGAAAAGAUAAGUAGCGUCCCCCUCACUAUCUUGUCUUGUUGUGUCCUGCACAACAUCUGUAUUAUUGUAGGA